GUUCUGCGCGUUCGAGGCCCCAUCGAUCUUCCGAUUCGAGCUUAGUUAACUGGCGAUGUCAAGUUGCGGGGUUCUUGCUCUGAAAUCGGUGAGCGGUGCCGGUGGUAGAGCAGUGGAGGGGGGAGAGGAAUGGCGCCGCCGCGGCGUGUGUGCGUGACCGGAGGCGGAGGGUUCAUUGCCUCCUGGCUCGUCAAGCUCCUCCUCUCCCGCGGCUACGCCGUCCACGCCACCCUUCGCGACCCAAGUGAUCCAAAGAAUGCCCAUUUGAAGGAGCUGGAGAAGGCCCCAGAGAAUCUGCAUCUGUUCAAGGCCGACGUGCUAGACUACGACACGCUAACACCUGCAGUUGAGGGAUGUGAGGGGAUCUUCCAUCUCGCCACUCCGGUGCCUGAAGAUAAGAUUGUUGAUCCUGAGUCAGAAGUGCUCGAUACUGCUGUGAAAGGUACCUUAAAUGUACUGAAGAUCUGCUCCGCUUCAAAGGUUCACAAACUUGUUGUGAUGUCCUCCAAUGCUGCUGUGGAUUUUAACCCAAAUUGGCCUCAGGAUGUAGUGAAAGAUGAGAGUUGCUGGUCAGACAAGGAGUUCUGCAAGGAAAAUAGGGACUGGUAUUCUGUCGCCAAGAUUACUGCAGAACAGAUAGCUUUGGAAUAUGCGGUUGAAAAUGGCCUCAAUGUUGUUACACUUUGCCCGCCUUUGGUUUUUGGCCCACUGUUGCAGCCUGCAGUGAAUACCAGCAGCAAAUUCCUCAUAUAUGUUAUAAAAGGAGGUCCUGAUGUGAUGAACAACAGACUGUGGCACAUAGUAGACGUCCGUGAUGUGGCCGACGCUUUACUCCUGCUGUACGAGAAGAAAGAGUCGUCAGGGAGAUACAUCUGCUCACCGAAUCACAUUUGCACAAAGGAUUUGGUGGCCUUGUUGAAGAAGCUGCACUCACAGUAUAGCUACAUAACUAACAUCCUUGAUGUCGAUCAGAAAGCAUCGUUAACAUGUCAGAAGCUGAUGGACCUGGGCUGGGAACCAAGGAAACUGGAGGAGACGCUCUCGGACAGCGUCGAGUGCUACGAAAAGGCAGGGCUUCUCCGGGAUGUGGCCGGGCAUCCUUGCCGCCUUCCCCAUCUCUUCCGUCUGGCAUGUGACCAGUGAUUUUACGAGUGCGUUGGCGCCUUGGCCCUUAGCGGUGCCUCGUUGUUCUGAACUUGUGGUGUCACUCUUGGCCUUGGAACAUUAUUGAACUGUGAACAUGCCUUGAAAUAAUGAGGAUUGCAUGCUGUCUGAGCUCGUGCCUCGUG